CGUACUCUUGUCAAAAAAAUAAGAAAAACUCUACCUAUUGCACAUCGCGAAUAGUCGAGUACUGUGAAGAAACAGAAUGCUUUCUAAUUCUACUUUAAAUGUGUUCAUUCUUUUAUUUUCUUUAUUGCUCAUUAUUUCUAGCAUGCUCCUUUUCUCUUUUUGUCUGUAACCAAUCUGAGAGUGAGAAAGAAAGUGAAGCCUGCCUCGUUCACCAAGAAAAUCUAGGAAAUGAUAAGAAAAUAAUUGUUAAUGUUGUGAUUCAAUAUUUUGAUGAAGAACUUAAAAACAAUGUUGUCUUUUAGGCUAUAAAAUUGAAAAAAAUUAAAAAAGGAGGUAAGAAACAGGUCUAAGUAAAAAUCAACGGCAAUACGGAAGUGAGACUGCAUAUGAAUGCAUUGAAUUUAUGUGUCCGAUAUUGUCCAUCUUUUUUUACCUUUAUGUAAUGGAGAGCCCAUUAGGUUACUGAAUUCUACUGGGAUUCUUGUAGUUAAAGUUCCAUUGUGCUUUUAUGAUGAAUAUAAAAAAUAGAUGCACUUUUCUGGUAAUUUCUGAUACCCACUUCGCAAUAUAUAUAUCAUCCCGCGUGUGGUUAAAGUUAUUUCAUCCGAAUCCAUGCAUGAUAAGAAUAAUAGCAGAUGUAUUAUAUGUGAAUUUAUGCCAGUAUCUUUAUCUAACAUUUAAUUAUUACACUACAGAUGCCCAUAAGGCCAUCUCAAUAUUCUCCAAUUUUAAGAUAAUCAAUUAGUAUUUAAUAGUAGUCUGGGACCGUUUUUUAUAACCUCUUAUGUGUGACACAUCUAGCUUUGUUGUUGAAGUUGUCCUCAAGCUAGGGGACUUCUUUUAACCUCUUAUUCGCGACCCAUCUAAGUUUGGUUGCUUAGUUUUCCUUUUCCUAUUGAUUCUUUUUGCAUUUGGUUUAAAUUCACGUGAAGACAACAUUUAAACAAAACUUUUUGUUUGUUUCCAUGUACUCUACUUCGUUAAUGUCAAUUCUUUAUUGUUCAUUCUUAUCCUUUUUUUUCUUCAAGAAUAAUUAAUAGCUAAUGACCUUGCACGGUAGCAUUUAGACAAUUAGAUUCAAAUCUUAUACCUCAAGACUUUUGGGAAUAUAAAAGAGAAUUUUAUGCCAUAGACUCGAAUUGGCAUUAGUAUUGUUACUUUUCCAAUCUUCUUCUCCCUUCCCCCUUCCAUUUGGUUGAGCUUUCAAAGAGUUAUUAUUAUGUAUGAUGCUACCUCACAAUUUGUAACGCAUAUCUAUUAGUCUACUUACCAUCUAACUUCAAAUUUUGUGUCAAUAUUGUGUCAAUGAACGAGAACAAAAUUGAUUGGGGAGGAUUGAUUCAACAAAGUCAUGGACUAAGUGGGGAUUUUAAUUCUGAGUUUGGCAAUCGUUACUGUCAAUAUUUUGAUAUCAGACAAGCUUGGAAUAUGGGACCACUUUCAAUGUUUGGAGGAGAAGCCACAGAUCAUGAGUUACCAAACAUUGGCCAUGUCAAAUCAUCUGGCACCAUUAUGAGCCGUUUUGAGUCACCAGCUUCUGCCUUUUAUGCUACAGAAAACUGCAUGGGAUUUGCAGAAUAUGAUUGCCAAGUUGGUGUUCACUCUUUGAGCUCUCAGUUAUGUAAGAUUAAUGAUUUGGAAUUCCCUUUGUAUCAAUCUUUUUCCAGGGAAAAUCUUUUCUUGGAUUCAGCAAACCAAUCUGAAACCAACUUUGAUUUAUCAAACACUUUGCAAUCCAUAGUUAAAUCUCAACUGAAUAGUGGCAAUCAAUGCCGUAGAUCCCCUGAAAAGUCUAAUCAAAUUUCAAGUGGGAAUUUUCCCAGUUCCAAGUUCCUUCCAAUAGAACAACAGAAGUUGUUCGUUGAUGGUCUUAUCAGGGGCUCAUCAUUUCUGAAAAAAGGAAAUCAAGACCAUAUGGUUGGUCAUGGAUCUUUCAAUUUAUCUGUUCCACAACUGAGAUUCUCUUCUCAGAUUGAGAAGUUGUAUCCAACACUUUCAGCAGGAAGUGUGUCUACUAUUGGAAACUCUGCUUCUAAUGGGGCAAUAGUGUCAAGUAAAACACGUAUAAGAUGGACUAAGGAUCUUCAUGAAAAGUUUGUCGAGUGUGUGAAUCGCCUUGGAGGCGCUGAGCAGGCAACACCAAAAGCUAUAUUAAAGAUGAUGAACACAGAUGGUUUGACUAUCUUCCAUGUCAAAAGUCAUUUGCAGAAAUAUAGAAUUGCGAAAUUCAUUCCAGAGCCCAGUCACGGGAAAUCUGACAAAAGAACCCACACAAAGGAUGUGCAUCAUCUUGAUGUCAAAACUGGCUUACAAAUUAGAGAGGCGCUUAAGCUGCAAUUAGAUGCUCAAAGGCGUCUUCAUGAACAAUUAGAGAUUCAGAGAAAAUUACAGUUGCGAAUUGAGGAACAAGGAAGGGAACUAAAAAAAAUGUUUGACCAGCAGCAAAAGACUAAUAAUAACCUCCCGAAUACUCAGAAUUCAGCCACUGAUGAGACAACAAUUAAUCAUUAAGAUAGUGAGGUUUCUGUUUCUGAAGGGGCUAACAAUUCCUUCUUCUCUUCCAAGACCUCUCCGAGCCAAUAAUUUGAUAGUUAUGUAUAAAGUUACAGUUUUCCAAAAUCUUACUCCUUGUAAGAAACAGAUAGAUCAUGUGAUUUUGUAAUGGGAAGAAUAAAAUUGUUCUUUAUCCUACAAACGCUAACUCUAUGAAUCAGUACAUAAUUUAGAGUGCUUACAUUAUAUAUCCUAUAGAAUCAGUACAUAAUUUAUCCUACAAAUGUUAUGUUAAUAUGCUGUAAA